ACAGCUGAAAUGAAAACUAAUCUUAUCGCUGUAUGAUCUUGAUCGCUAUUUGCGGUAAUUAUUCGUGUUUUAAUAAAUCUAAAGACUAAAUACGCGUGCUAAUAAAUGUACACAAAAUGUUAAUAUCAGCAAUUUUACCCGUCGCCCUAACGCUCAUAGUUUCAGUGCCAUGUAUAUUCGCAAUAGAGAUUCCAGAAAAGUUCCAAAAGUCGAACCACACGAACAACUGGGCCGUAUUAGUAGAUACGAGCCGGUUUUGGUUCAACUACCGGCAUGUAGCGAAUGUACUAUCCAUCUACCGGAGCGUUAAGAGACUGGGUAUCCCGGACAGCCAGAUUAUCCUUAUGAUAUCGGACGACAUGGCGUGUAACCCGCGGAACCCGCGCCCGGCCACCAUAUUUAAUAAUGCUCAUGAACAGAUCAAUGUGUAUGGAGAUGAUGUUGAGGUGGACUAUAGAGGUUAUGAGGUUUCAGUUGAGAACUUUGUCCGUCUCCUCACCGGCCGUGUACCCCCUGACACUCCUCGCUCCAAGCGCUUGCUCACCGACGAGGGUAGCAACAUACUGAUCUACUUAACUGGACAUGGUGGGGAUGGGUUCCUGAAGUUUCAGGACUCGGAGGAGGUGACCAGUCAGGAGUUAGCUGAUGCUCUUGAGCAGAUGUGGCAGAAGAGAAGGUACAAUGAGAUUUUCUUCAUAAUAGACACAUGCCAAGCUUCAUCUAUGUAUGAGAAGUUCUACUCACCCAACAUUCUAGCCACUGCUAGCAGUUUAGUUGGUGAAGAUUCUCUUUCUCAUCACGUGGACUCCGCGAUCGGAGUUUACAUCAUAGAUAGAUACACAUACUAUGUGCUGGAGUUCCUUGAGAAUGUGCAUCCUAACACUCACAGAACUAUGAAAGAAUUUCUAGGUGUAUGCCCAAAAAGCGCGUGCCUGUCCACAGUAGGUGUCCGUCGAGACCUCUUCAAACGAGACCCGAGUAAGGUGCCCAUCACAGACUUCUUCGGGUCUGUGAGACCGGUGGUAGUUACCACCGACCCUAUAGACAUACUGGAUAUACCUAAGAGGAAGAAAAAGACUGAGCCAGAACUUAAACCCAUAGUACCAGAGAAGAGGAGUUACUUACCGCAGUUUCCAGUGCAUCUAGUGGAAACUAACUAGUCUAAAGAGUGUAACUAGUAACUACAUGAACAAAGGUAUUAAUAAACUUAUUUUAAUUUAGUA